AUGCGCCCCCUCACAGAAAAGGAGACACAGACUCUCUUCGAGAAGCUGGCAAACUACACUGGAGGCUCUCUUAAGAACCUCAUCGCCCCUCUCGACGACUCUCCUAACGCUGAUCGCUAUGUCUUCCGCCUGGUUCGCGAUCGUGUCUUUUACGUCCGCCUUUCCAUUGCCAACCUGGCUACUUCUAUUGCGCGCGAGAAGCUUCUGUCUCUAGGCACCUGUCUCGGUAUGAGUGGCCCCGAAUGCGAGACCUCGAGAACCUUGACUAACCUGAACCUCUCUACAGGCAAGUUCACCAAGACGGGCAAGUUCCGUCUGCACGUCACAGCCCUCCCCAUCAUCGCCGAGCACGCCCGCUACAAGAUCUGGGUCAAGGAGAACGGAACCAUGCCUUUCCUCUACGGCAGCAACAUCGUCAAGGCCCACGUUGGCCGUUGGUCCGAGGACUGCCCUGAGCACCAGGGAGUCGUGGUCUACAGCAUGAACGACACCCCGCUCGGAUUUGGUGUUACAGCCCGCAGCACCGCUGAGGCGCGAAGACUGGACCCUACUGGUAUUACCUGCUUCAGACAGGCCGAUUGUGGAGAGUACCUCCGUGACGAAGACAAUUUGUUUGCGACCGGUUAG